AUGCUCUGUAGGUUUUGUAAAGAUUCAUCGUUGCCUUUGGGACCAUUUUCAGUUAACCCUAAAAAGCAUUUAUUCUUCCGCAAUGAGUCAAUCUGUGAAUUUCAAUUUUUUAUUGUUAUCACAGGUAAUGAUUUGACGACUGAAACCCCGGAACUCGUGGCCGCGAGAUAUGAAUCCUUACUCAGACUGUUAGAGAACAAAAUCAGACCACGCCGAAUAAUCAUAUUAAGCCUGGUUUAUAGAAAAGACGUUCAGAAAUGGAAAGUUGAUAAACUAAAUGUCUCAUUGAAACAAUUCCAGUCUAACAUUGUUCAUUUCUGGAAGCUUGACAGAGUGGGAAGAGAUAAUAAUAUAGGACCUGACGGCAUUCACCUGAAUGAACGUGGAAUGAUGAACUUUAAAAGAAACAUCAUUUAUUCUCUAAAGUGCAAGAAAUAA